AUGCUUUAUAACUCUGACUGUUUAAGCAGGAUCAUUACAGGAAUUGGUCAACCAUUAUACCAAGACCGUUCGACAUUGAACAAAGAUAAUCUCAGUAUCGCCAGAAUCUACACAACAGUUCAGCUUCAUAGACCAUUACCAAAAAGGCUAGCGGUUCAUCUACCUGAUGGUAAAGAGCAUAUGGUUGAAGUGUCCUAUGAUUGGAUACCUCCCACUUGCACCUUAUGCCAAGAAGUGGGACAUAACGAGCAUCAUUGUCCGAAGUACCCUCCGACGAGGCCGGAACGAAAGUCAACUGCUCCUGCAAAGACGGCCCAGGCUCCGCCAAUACAGCAUAUCUUUACAGAUAAGGAGGCACCUAGUAUUGAACCAGAGAACACUCCAACAUCUAAUGAGCAGAUUCAGUCAUCUGAAAUCUCUCACUGUAUGGAGACCCACCAAAACACGGUUCCUCGGCCAAUCAUGCAAAGUUCCACCGCUGAUCUUGAGCCAAGUACUCAGCCAACACUGGUGCCCAAAGACCAAGGUCAGGUGGCUAGUGCAGAAGUAGCAGAGAUAGAGAAGGAUCGUAUUGCUUUGCAAACAGAACAGCCACAGCCAUCCUCGGGAUAUUCUGGUGGUGAUUCUGGUGGUAAUAAUAAGGGAACAUGUAACAAAAGGCCCAACAAUCCGGGUCAAGGUAGACAACAGAGGAACACUUCUACAAAUAGUAGUUCGAAGCAGAAAGGAAAGGGCCGCGGUCGAAAGACCGUGCGAGGCAACUAA